AUGGAUAGACCUCCUCAAGUUUUGGAUCACUACAUCGGUGUCGAUGUCGGUACUGGUUCUGCUCGAGCCUGCAUUAUUGAUGAGACUGGAGACAUCAAGGCUUUAGCUUCGGAGAACAUCAAGCUAUGGCAGCCUGAGAAUGGCUACUACGAACAAUCUACUACAGACAUCUGGCAGUGCAUCUGCGAAUGUGUCCGCCGUGUGGUCAGCGAGUCCACUGUCAACCCCUCCAGCAUCAAGGGAAUUGGCUUCGAUGCCACCUGCUCUCUUGCUGUCUUCACUCACGAUACCGACGAGCCCCUCCCUGUUACCGGUCCUGAUUUCACAAACGAUGGCAACGAUCGUAAUGUCAUCUUGUGGCUUGACCAUAGACCUGUCGAAGAGACCGAGAAGAUCAACAACACCAACCACAAGCUCCUCAAGUACGUUGGUGGAAAGAUGAGCAUCGAGAUGGAGAUGCCCAAAGUUCUUUGGCUCAAGAACCACAUGCCUCCAGAGCUGUUCGAGCGAGCAAAGUUCUACGACCUUGCAGAUGCUCUCACCCACUUGGCUACUGGUAACGAGACUCGCAGCUACUGCAGUGUUGUUUGCAAGCAGGGUUACGUUCCUGUUGGCGUCGACGGCAGUGUCAAGGGUUGGCAAGAGGACUUCUACCACGACAUUGGUCUAGGUGACCUGACCAAAGAUGAUUUCAAGCAGAUGGGUGGUGUCAACGGGGUGAACGGAACAUAUGUCAGUGCAGGUGAGCCCGUGGGCACCCUGAGUCGAUUAGCCGCCAACCAACUCGGCCUCCCUAUGGGCAUCCCCGUGGGAAGCGGCGUCAUUGACGCAUACGCAGGCUGGAUUGGAACCGUAGGCGCUAAGGUCGACCUUGGUGACGACGAGCUCAACGCUGCUGUACCACACAAUGAUCUCGCCCAAGCUUUCACUCGUCUGGCUGCCGUCGCCGGAACCUCGACAUGCCACUUGGCUCUGUCCAGAGAACCCGUUUUUGUUCCUGGUGUUUGGGGUCCAUACCGUGAUGUUCUCCUUCCCGAGUUCUGGAUGGCUGAGGGUGGUCAAUCUGCAACUGGAGAGCUUCUACGACACAUGCUUGACAUCCACCCCGCUUACAAUGAGACAUGCGCCCUGGCCAAGGCUGAGGACAAGCACAUCUACGACUUCCUCAACGCUCACCUUGAACUCAUGAAGGAGAAGCAUAGUGCUCCUUCAAUCUCGUACUUGGGACGCCAUCACUUCUUCUACGGCGACCUGUGGGGCAAUCGCUCACCCAUCGCUGAUCCCAAGAUGAAGGGUAGCAUGAUUGGCUUGGAUAGCGACAAGAGCACCGACAAUAUGGCUCUAUGGUACUAUGCCACAAUGGAGUUCAUCGCCAUGCAGACACGACAAAUCGUCGAGCAGAUGAACAACGCCGGCCAUGAGAUCUCUUCCAUCUUCAUGUCUGGUUCUCAAUGCCAGAACCCCGUCCUCAUGAACCUCCUGGCCACUGCCUGCGGCAUGCCUGUCUUGAUCCCACGAUACGUCAACGCUGCUGUCGUUCACGGAGCUGCCAUGCUUGGCGCAAAGGCAGCCAGCCACAGCAAGGAGGACGGAAGUGAGCCCGAGUCUCUCUGGAGCAUCAUGGAUCGCAUGAGCAAGCGAGGUCGACUGGUCGAUCCCAGCACUGAUGAGGAUGAGAAGGCGCUUCUGGAUGCCAAGUACGAGGUCUUCUUGGACAUGUGCAAGACCCAGCAAGACUACCGAAACAAGAUUGAUAAGGCUACCUCCAAGAAGGCCCGUAUGAACGGUACCGUUAAUGGCGCUGUCAACGGCGCUUAG